AUGAAGAACGGUGUGGAGGAGUCUCAACCGGUCAGUCGGUCUCGAAGUGGGCUCUACCCCCCGAAGCUCGGUGUGGCGAGUUUACCAACGUACAUGCCGAUGGUCGGCAUCGACGGGAGAAUCCAAGUCGAACGUGCUCCCAUGAAUUAUACUCAGGGGGUAUCAUCCGCCCAUGCGUCCCCGUAUGCCAGUGCUCCUCCUGACGCGAUGCGAAAACCCUCAGCUCCUCCCAAGUACUAG